UUCUGGCCGGUGCAUCAUCUCUCCCAGUUGCACGUUUUCCCCAUCAAAAAUAAUACCCUCCAACCCCAUCCAAUCAGUGGACCAAGCCGAGGACUUCCCCCAACAAAUGUGAACUUUGUGAAGAAAUAAACGCGAGUACAAGUUACUCCCCACCGCUCACCUGGAGACGAUUCCACAAAUACCCUGGGGUUGACGUCAGUUCCAAGAAUGCUGACGAGGUCUCUGUAACCGCAAUUUGAUUCCAAGUAAAUUCAUCGGAGAGAAUUAAAUAAAACCGAUUCAAGAUGCUCCUGAAGGCGUCAAUAAUCCUGUCCCUGCUGACGUCUCAAUGCCCCAAGGGUUCUGGGGCUGCUGCUGCUCCCAAGAUCCCCUCGAUCCUGGAGACGAUAAGUUCAGAAGUGAAGAACAACAAAUCUGUUCACAUCUGCUCAACCCCGAAGGACAUCUUGGACUCGGAGUACGUGAAGGUAUGCGAUAAGCUCCAAUUUCCCCUAGGUAACGCCAAGUUAGAGGGAAAUUACGACACGUUUCUGUGCCUGGCCCUGUACGACAGGGCUUUCCACAUAUGCCAUGCUAGCAGUCGUGGCUUUGAGCUGCCGGCGCUGCAGAAUAAAUUGUCAUUCGAUAAAUUGAUAACUGAUGAGAUAAAGAAUCACGAGACUGACCCCUUGAAGCUCUGCAUAUACUUCGAGAAAAUUCAACCAGUAUUUCUGGAGAAGACGAAGCCCUUUGUUGACGCCUUGUCGAUGAGUCUGAAGGUGCCCCUGGAGUGCGUUAAGAUCUGCUCGAAGGGAGAUGAAGGGGUCAAUCCCCUGUGUCUGGUGAUUCAGGUCAUCGAUGAGGAGAUCCAGAAGGAGGAGGAGAAGAAAGCUGAGGAGCAGAAGAAAGCUGAGGAGAAGAAAAAAGCUGAGGAGGAGAAGAAAGCUGAGGAGAAGAAGAAGAAGGAAGAGAAGGAGAAGGUACUGAAGGAAGGGAAAUCUGAGGUGCAGGCCAUCCCGAAGGGGACUGAGGCACCGAAACCUGCCGCUCCAGUGGUGAACCCCCAGGUGAGUGAUAAACCCUCAGGGGAGGACAAGCCAGGGGCAGCAGGGGUUGCCAAGGAUCGAUCACCUGUUGAUGAUGCCAAGAAGGCUGGGGCGAAGGAGGAGGCGAAGGCUGACGAGAAGAAUAAACUUGAACCUGUUGAGAAGCCUGAGAAGGUGCAGGAGAAGCCUGGGGGGGAGGCAGAGGGCUCUGUCGGCCCGGCACAGCCUUCACCUGCAGCAGGCGCGAAGGAUAACGUGGGGAAGAAAGAGGAGAGGCCCAAGGGUCAGACUGUACCUGCGGGGCCGGUGCAGGUGGAGAAGUCUACCCUCUCGGCGAAUACUGGGGGGGAUGAGGACGUGCAGCUGAGGCAGGAUGAGGGCUCCGAAGAAGGUGCACUGGGGUUACCUCCUGCUGAGUUUGAUUACAAAGAGGACGGAAACCAAAUGUCUAUUCCUCGAAACUCUGGAACAGUCCAGGAGAACGAGCCAGACAGCUUCGACCAGCCUGAGAACAUCGCCAAGCUCCCGCAUAUAACCCCCGACGACGACUCACACUUCUUCGGGUACUUCACGCUCUUCGGACUCUUCGGGAUCGGUCUCUUCGCUGCUUACCAUCACAAGCACAAAAUCUUCGCAAUGCUCCUGGAGGGCAGGAGGUCACGAGGGGGCCGAGGACGAAGGAGGCCGAGUACAGCGAACUACAGGAAACUCGAUUGCACGUUGGAGGAGGCUGUGACCUCCCAGUGCAGCUCAAACGUCACUCACGUCAUUUACUAAUCCUCGAUCAGUCGUUCUCGAACACUUUGAUGUCUCUGAGAGACUUUUUUUCUUUCGUUUUUUACAGUUCAGUAGAUUUUAUUUUGGGAAAUGCACGCAUUGAAGGGACUUUUCAAAUGUUACGAGUUUCAGUGGUGGAUGCGUCUGGGAAAAUUCAGUAAAAAAAAUAUUCUGGAGAAAAUUCUUGUUGAAAUAAUGCAGAUUGAAGAUUGGGUAUUCGAUGUCAUGACGUCUGUGGAAAAAUUCGUUAAAAUGCAUUUUUGUAAAGUAAUUUUUUUCAUGAAACAUUCAUUGUUUUUACAUUUUUACGAAAAGAUGUCUCUAAAUUUUCAAGUGGACGGGUCGCAAAGGUCAGACGAACACUUCUAGAGGAUUAAAUGAAAAAAACAUUUCACGUCUGAGAAAAAAUGUUUUGAAAUCCAUUUUUUUUAAUUAAUUUUUUCAUAAAACAUUAUUUUGACAUUUUUACGAAAAUAUGUAUUUCCAAAUGCUCAAAUGUAAGGAUUACAACGACGGUUGAAUCAGAAAAUCGUGCAUUGAAGUCAGAACUAUUAAACUUCAACAUCUCUAUUGAACAUUAAAAUAGGAAUAAAAAAAAGAUUACAAUUUUUCAAUAUGAAUUACUCUCUCCAGAUUUUUCCUGUCGAAAUUAAAGAGAAAAAAUCGGAAAAUUCAGGUCCAAGAAUUUUUCACAAAGGAAAUCACACGGAAUGAAUUAUUUAGAAGAACCAACAGUCACUCAUUUUCAUUUAUCAAAUAUAUAUUGAAAAAAACACGACAAAGCUAUCUAAUUUUCCUUCUACUGAAAUUUCGAUGCUCUCCAAUAGAAUUCAUAAGAGAAAACAGUAUGAAAUUUUUCUACUGAAUUUUCCCACACGUGGAGUGAUGAAAUUCUCUGAGAACAUUUAUAAACCCAUGAAAUUUCCUACUAAUUCUCUGAUGAUUUUGUUUUCUGUCUAAUUCCAGUAGAAAGGGAUUGUCAGACAAUUUCAUCACUCCCGUACAAGUUUAAUUUUCUCAAUAGUAUUUAGCAACGAAUUUCACAGCUCCAAACAGAGCAAACUAUAACUAAGGAUUCCGGGGUGAUGAGUACGAAGAGAUCUAGUGUAAAUAAGUUUAGAGAAUGGUUAUCAGGAAUCCGUCGAAUCGUUUGAACUUCAUUUACCGAAGAUGUGUAGAAUAUGUGUCAGUGAGAAUGUUGCAUAAUGAAGCACUCUAAACAUAAAAAAUUCAUCGAUGAUUCAUACCCAGCCGAUGAUAAAUUACAAAGAAGUAAUUUUUCGAAUUUACUUAUAAAGGAGAGAAAUCUCUAGGGGCAAAAAGUCGAUAGAUGUUGAUUUUUCUGUAUAAUUUAUUCUCCAAAGUAUUAAUCUUGUAAUUCGUUUCUUGAAUUUUGCGAUGAGAAACAAAAAAAAAUGUUUAAAAAAUUUAUUCAGACGAAUUUCCGUAGAAAAAUCAAAGUCUGUCGACUUUUUUCCAUAAAGUAUCCAGUAAAAUUGCAUGAAACAUUUGGAGAAUUUAAAAUAAAAAUUCAAAUUUCAGCAGAAUUUCGAAAAAACUCCAAUAGAAUUUUUUACAGAAAGCAUUUCUCAUUCUUUUUUUUCUACCGAAGAUGUGUAGAAUAUGUGUCAUGCAUUCAACUGGCAUCAGCAAUAAUUGUGGACUGGGUAUGAAUCCGAGAAACCAAAAAUGAUAAUGUAAAUGAUUUCAUAAUUUUUACGCUAAUAAAAGUUGAGAGGAAGUUUAUUUUUCCUAAUCGAA